GGCCAGCCAGCAGACAGAACAGUCCCAUCCAGAAAGGUGUCCUGUGGCCUGUCCCCACAAGAUGCCAAGAGAAGAGGCUCACUUCAUCCUUGGUUACCCCAAGAAGGGGCACAACCACUCCUACAUCACAGCUGAAGAGGCUGCAGGGAUUGGCAUCCUGAUGGUGAUCCUGGGAAUUUUGCUGCUCAUUGGCUGUUGGUAUUGUAGAAGACGAAGUGGAUACAGAAGCUUGAGGGAUAAAAAUAUUCAUUCUGGCACUCAAAGUACCUUAACAGGAAGAUGUCCAUUUGAGGGGUUUGGUCACCAGGACAGCAAAUUGCCUUUUCAAGAGAAUAAUUGUGAACCUGUGGUUCCCAAUGCUCCACCUGCCUAUGAAAAACUCUCUGUAGAACAGUCACCACCACCUUAUUCACCGUGA